AUGAGCUGUAUGCUAAUAUCGUCUUGAGAGGCACAGCAUCGCGUUUCUGCCGGCAGUCAGUGGUGGCUUCCAGAGUCUGAGACGGCUCCUUCAUAGCCAUGGCUGAGGGCGGAGAAGGGGAAGACGAAAUCCAGUUCUUGAGAACUGAUGACGAGGUGGUACUCCAGUGUGUGGCCACCAUCCAGAAGGAGCAUCGCAAGUUUUGCCUGGCUGCCGAGGGACUCGGAAACCGUGUGUGUUAUCUGGAAUCCACUUCUGAAGCUAAGUAUGUUCCUCCAGACCUGUGUGUGUGUAGCUUUGUGUUGGAGCAGUCCCUGUCGGUACGGGCUCUGCAGGAGAUGCUGGCAAAGACUGGGCCGAACAGUGAAGGGAAGUUGAUUAAAAGGGCGGGUCAGGGGGGUGGACACCGGACCUUGCUCUACGGUCAUGCCAUCCUACUUCGCCACUCCUUCAGUGAUAUGUACCUGACCUGUUUGAAAACAUCGAGGUCUCUGACAGACAAGCUGUCAUUUGAUGUCGGCCUACAAGAAGAUUCGAUAGGAGAGGCCUGCUGGUGGACCAUCCACCCUGCGUCCAAGCAGAGAUCGGAGGGAGAGAAGGUCCGCAUCGGAGACGACCUGAUCCUAGUCAGCGUGUCCACAGAGAGAUACCUGCACCUCUCUAACGCCAACGGACACGCCCAGGUGGAUGCGUCCUUCAUGCAGACCCUGUGGAACAUCCAGCCCACCUGCUCGUCAGGCAACGUGGCUGUAGGUUAUUUGACUGGUGGACAUGUGAUGCGUCUGUGUCACGGGCAUGAUGAGAGUUUGUCCAUCCCUGGAGCAAACAAGAGCGGGGAGGAGCAGAGGAUAGUCAACUAUGAAGCGGGGAAGGGAGCGUCAAGGGCUCGCUCUCUUUGGAGACUGGAGCCUCUCAGGAUCAGCUGGAGCGGUAGCCACAUCCGCGUCGGUCAGGCCUUCAGGCUCCGCCACCUCGCUACCGGUCAUUACCUGGCCAUGACCGAGGACCGCGGACUGGUCCUGCAGGACAGGGAGAAGUCCGACACCAUGGCCACUUCCUUCUGCUUCAGGACCUCCAAGGAAAAAGGCGAGGUGGGCCCAAAGAGGGACAUCGAUGGCAUGGGAGUGCCGGAGAUCAAGUAUGGAGACUCCGUCUGCUUCGUCAUGCACGUGGCGACGGGACUGUGGCUGUCCUACCUAGCGCCUGACGCCAAAUCAUCUCGCCUGGGACCGCUUAAAAGAAGGGCCUGCCUGCACUCUGAGGGCCACAUGGACGACGGGCUCAUCCUGCAGCGCUGUCAGCAUGAGGAGUCUCGUGCUGCUCGCAUCAUCCGCAACAGCACAUUCCUCUUCACCAACUUCAUCAAGGCUUUGGACAGCAUUGCGGAGGGCGAUUCCAUGGCGGUGGCCGGAUAUGUUGAAGAGGUGCUGCAGACGCUGAACGACCUGAUUGAGUACUUCAAACAGCCCGAUUCAGAGCUGGAGCACGAGGAGAAGCAGUGUCUCCUCCGGUCACUCAUCAAACGCCAAGACCUCUUCAAAGAUGAGGGCAUGCUGACCCUCCUGUCCAAAUGCAUUGACCGGAUGAACCUGUACAACAGCGCUGCCCACUUUGCAGAGGCGGCAGGGGAGGUGGCCGGCACAGCGUGGAAGGACAUUCUCAACCUCCUCUAUGAACUCCUGGCCGCUCUGAUCCGUGGGAACAGGAACAACUGCACCCAGUUUUCCCGCAACUUGGACUGGUUGGUCAGCAAACUGGAGAGACUGGAGUCCUCAUCAGGGAUCCUGGAAGUCCUCCACUGUAUCCUGGUGGAAAGUCCGGAGGCUCUGAACAUCAUUCAGAAAGGGCACAUUAAAUCCAUCAUCUCUCUGCUCUACAAGAAUGGACGCAACCACAAGAUUCUGGAUGUCCUGUGUUCCCUCUGUGUUUGUAACGGGGUGGCGGUGAGAGCCAAUCAGAAUCUGAUCUGUGACAACCUGCUUCCCAAGAGAGACCUGCUGCUUCAAACUCGACUCGUCAAUGACGUUCAGAGUAUGAGGCCGAACAUCUUCCUGGGUGUUGCUGAAGGUUCAGCUCAGUAUAAGAAGUGGUAUUUUGAGCUGGUGAUCGACCAGGUGGACCACUUUGUAACCGGAGAGCCGACCCAACUGAGAGUGGGCUGGGCCAACACCAAAGGCUACGCUCCGUACCCUGGUGGAGGAGAGGGGUGGGGCGGCAACGGUGCUGGGGAUGACCUGUACUCCUACAGCUUUGAUGGACUUCAUCUCUGGUCAGGCCGAAUCCCAAGAGCCGUGGCCUCCAUUAACCAGCACCUGCUGAACUCAGACGAUGUGGUGAGCUGCUGUCUUGAUUUGGGCGCUAUCAGCAUGUCCUUCAGGAUCAACGGGCAGCCCGUCCAGGGCAUGUUCGAGGACUUCAACACCGACGGAUUCUUCUUCCCCGUCGUCAGCUUCUCUGCAGGUGUCAAGGUCCGUUUCCUGUUGGGUGGACGCCACGGAGAUUUCAAGUUCCUGCCGCCCGCCGGUUACUCCCCCUGCUACGAGGCGCUGCUGCCCAAAGAGAAGAUGCAUGUUGAGCCUGUGAAGGACUACAAGAGGGACCAUGACGGGGUCCGUGACCUGCUGGGGACCACCAAGUUCCUCUCUCAGGCCUCCUUCAUCCCCACUCCUGUUGAAACCAGCCAGAUUGUUCUUCCCCCUCACCUGGACAACGUCCGGGACAAGCUGGCAGAAAACAUCCACGAGCUGUGGGGGAUGAACAAGAUCGAACUGGGCUGGACCUAUGGCAAGGUCCGUGAUGACAACAAAAGACAGCACCCCUGCCUUGUGGAUUUCGGAAAGCUGCCUGAAACUGAAAGAAACUACAACGUGCAGAUGUCUAGUGAAACACUUAAGACCCUGUUGGCUCUUGGUUGCCAUGUUGCUCAGGCUUAUGUGAACGCUGAGGACGAUCUGAAGAAAGUCAAACUUCCCAAAGACUACAUGAUGUCUAAUGGAUAUAAGCCUGCGCCACUGGACCUCUCUGACGUGAAACUGAAUGCAGGUCAGGAGGUUCUGGUUGAUAAACUGGCUGAGAAUGCACACAAUGUGUGGGCCAAAGACAGAAUCAAACAAGGAUGGACCUAUGGCAUCCAGCAGGAUUUAAAGAGCAGGCGUAAUCCUCGCCUGGUGCCGUACGCUUUACUGGACGAGCGCACUAAGAAAUCUAACAGAGACAGUCUGAGAGAGGCUAUCAGGACCAUGGUUGGAUAUGGAUAUGACAUCGACCCCCCAGACCAGGAGGCUCUCCACACGCUGGAUGAUCAGAACAUCGAAACCAUCCGCUUUUUCCGUGUGGAGCAGACGUACUCCUUGAAGACGGGGAAGUGGUACUUUGAGUUUGAGGCGCUGAGUGGAGGAGACAUGAGGGUCGGCUGGGCCAGACCCGGCUGCAGGCCCGAUGUGGAACUGGGGACGGACGACCAGGCCUUCGUGUUCGAUGGAUACAAGGGUCGCCGUAUGCACGCAGGCAGCCGCUACUUCGGACAACCUUGGAAAAAGGGCGACGUGGUCGGUUGCAUGAUCAACAUGGAGGACAAAUCCAUGAUUUUCACUCUGAACGGAGAGCUCCUGAUCACCAGCAAGGGCUCCGAGCUCUGCUUCACCGACUUUGAGACGGAGGACGGUUUCAUCCCCGUGUGCAGUAUGGGCAUCGGACAGGUCGGACACAUGAACCUGGGCAAGGACGCCAGCACUUUCAAGUACUACACCAUGUGUGGACUCCAGGAGGGCUUCGAGCCCUUCGGUGUGAACAUGAACAGAGACAUCACCAUGUGGUUCAGCAAGCGCCUGCCUACCUUUGUCAACAUACCCAAAGAUCACCAGCAUAUCGAGGUGACGAGGAUUGACGGCACAGUGGACAGCCCUCCCUGUCUGAAGGUCACCCACAAGACGUUCGGCACGCAGAACAGCAACAGUGACAUGACCUACUGCAGACUGAGCAUGCCAGUGGAGUUCUACUCUGCAGACAAGAUCCUGGACGACUCGCUGAAACUCAGCCAUCUUCCAAAAGAAGAUGGAACUGUUGACUAUGGAAGCAUCACAACUUACUACCACUCAGUGCGAGUGUUUGCCGGACAAGACCCUGCUUCAAUCUGGGUGGGCUGGGUCACACCGGACUAUCAUUUCUAUAGCAAGAACUUCGGCCUCAACAAGAUGCGAAGAGUCACCGUCACCCUGGGAGACGAGAGAGGGCGGGUACACGAGAGUGUGCAGAGGAGCAACUGCUACAUCGUGUGUGGAGCGGACGCCAUCGACCCGUCCUCCUCCAGCCGCUCCAACUCUGACCUGGAGAUCGGCUGCAUGAUCGACCUGGCCACUGGCCUCGUCUCCUUUACUGGCAACGGCAAGGAGCUGUCCACAUCCUAUCAGGUGGAGCCAAAUACCAAGCUGUUCCCAGCUGUGUUCGUACGCCCCACCAGUGCAAACCUCUUCCAGUUUGAAUUUGUCAAGAUCAAGGAUGCCAUGCCGCUCUCGUCUGCCAUAUUUAAGAGUGAGCACAGGAACCCGGUGCCGCAGUGCCCACCUCGUCUGGAUGUGCAGACCAUCGUGGCCGUGCUGUGGAGCCGCAUGCCCAACACCUUCCUCAGGGUGGAGGCAGCUCGAGUCAGCGAGAGGCACGGCUGGGUGGUGCAAUGUCUGGAACCGCUGGAGAUGAUGGCCGUGCAUAUUCCCGAGGAGAACAGGUGUUUGGACAUCCUGGAGUUAUCUGAGCUUGAAGGCCUGAGAAAGUUCCACUACCACACUCUGAAGCUGUACUGCGCCCUCUGCGCGCUGGGAAACACCCGCGUUGCUCACGCCCUCUGCAGCCACUUGGACCAAUCACAGCUCCUCUACACCAUCGACAACCAGUACCUGUCCGGCAUGCUGAGGGAGGGCUUCUACAAUGUCCUGAUCAGCAUUCAUCUUGAGACGGCUAAGGAGGCCCGCCUAAUGAUGAACAACGAGUUCAUCAUCCCUGUGACCGCGGAGACUCGCUCCAUCAAACUGUUCCCUGACGAGUCCAAGCGGCACUCACUGCCUGGUGUGGACCUGAGCACCUCCCUCAAGCCUCGAGUUAACUUCUCUCCCGUCGGCAUCAUUAACACGAAGCGCCAGCAGUUCCUGUACAGUCCGGAGAUCCCUCUGGGCAGCCUGAAGGAAAAAGCCAUCAGCAUGCUCACCGAGGCCGUGCAGGGCGGAGGAACACACAUCCGAGACCCGGUAGGCGGCAGCGUGGAGUACCAGUUCGUCCCCAUCCUGAAGCUGAUCGGGACGCUGUUAAUCAUGGGAGUCUUGACCAGCGAGGAGGUGAGGAUGAUCCUCCUCCUGAUCGCUCCCAACGUGUUCGGGGAGGCCAAGGAAGGCGAGGAGGCCAAGGGGGACGAGGUGGCCGUGGCGGGGGAGAAAGAGGAAGUGAGCAAGAACGAGGAGAAGGCUGUGGAAGCGGGAGAGGACGAGACCAAAGAGAGUAAACCGCUCAUCAAAGGUCUGCUGGAGAAGUCCCUGCCCGAGCCCGUCAAACGCCAGAUGUGCGAGCUGCUGCACUACUUCUGUGACUGCGAGCUGAAGCACCGCAUCGAGUCCAUCGUGUCCUUCUCAGACAGUUUCGUGUCCAAGCUGCAGUACAACCAGAAGUUCCGCUACAACGAGCUGAUGCUGGCGUUCAACAUGUCCGCCGCCGUCACUGCCAAGAAGACCAAAGAGUUUCGCUCUCCGCCGCACGAGCAGAUCAAUAUCCUGCUGAAUUUCAGUGCAGGCGAGGAUUGCCCCUGUCCGGAGGUGAUCCAGGAGGAACUCAACAUCUUCCACGAAGAAUUGCGACUCCACUGUGGAAUUCCCAUUGAGGAGGAAGAGGAAGAGCAGGACACUUCGAUAAAAGGCCGUCUCCUCGCUUUGCUCUACAAGAUCAAAGGUCCACCUCAGAAACCCGAGGCAGAACCAACGGAGAAGGAACAGGCCGCUCCCACCAACCUGAAGGAGCUGAUCUCUCAGACCAUAACCAGCUGGGCUCAAGAGUCUCACAUCCAGGACCCAGAGCUGGUCCGAGUGAUGUUCAGCCUGCUGCGGAGGCAGUACGACGGCAUCGGGGAGCUGCUCCGCACCAUGAGGAAAUCCUACACCAUCAGUGCCGCCUCCGUGCAGGAUGCUAUCAACCUGUUGGUGUCUCUGGGUCAGAUCAGGUCUCUGCUGUCAGUGCGCAUGGGAAAGGAAGAGGAGAAACUCAUGAUCGAUGGACUCGGCGACAUCAUGAACAACAAAGUUUUCUACCAACAUCCCAACCUGAUGAGGGUGCUGGGCAUGCAUGAGACCGUCAUGGAGGUCAUGGUCAACGUGCUGGGUGGAGACAAGUUGCAGGAGAUCGCCUUCCCCAAGAUGGUGGCCAGCUGUUGUCGCUUCUUGUGCUACUUCUGUCGUAUCAGCCGGCAGAACCAGAAAGCCAUGUUUGACCACCUGGGCUACCUGCUGGAGAACAGCAGCGUGGGGCUGGCCUCUGAAGCCAUGCGGGGCUCCACUCCGCUGGAUGUUGCCGCAUCUUCAGUGAUGGACAACAACGGCCUGGCUCUGGCCCUGGAGGAGCCGGAUCUGGAGAAGGUGACAUACCUGGCAGCCUGUGGUCUUCAGAGCUGUGCCAUGCUUCUUGCUAAGGGUUACCCAGACCUCGGCUGGAACCCUAUAGAGGGAGAGCGCUUCCUGUCCUUCCUGAGGUUCGUCGUCUUCUGCAAUGGUGAGAGUGUGGAGGAGAAUGCAAACGUGGUGGUGAAGCUGCUGAUCAGACGUCCAGAGUGUUUCGGCCCCGCCCUGAGGGGAGAGGGAGGUCAGGGUUUGCUCGCCGCCAUGCAGGAGGCCAUCAAGAUUUCCGAUAAUCCCGCCCUAGACCUGCCCAAGAGCGCCGCCAGCGUCAAUACUGGUUCUGGUGAGGAAGAAGGAGAAGUUAUUCACAUGGGAAACGCCAUCAUGUCCUUCUACUCGGCUCUUAUCGACCUGCUGGGACGCUGCGCUCCAGAGAUGCAUCUUAUCAAUGCAGGUAAAGGUGAGGCGCUGCGUAUCCGAGCCAUCCUGCGCUCUCUGGUUCCAACGACAGACCUGGUGGGGAUCAUCAGCAUCCCGCUCAACAUGCCCGUGCUCAAUAAAGAUGGCACAGUGACAGAACCAGACAUGUCCGCCUGCUUCUGUCCGGACCACAAGGCCCCCAUGGUGCUCUUCCUGGAAAGAGUGUACGGCAUCGAAGACCAGAGCUUCCUGCUCCACAUGUUGGAGGUCGGCUUUCUACCUGACCUCCAAGCCUCUGCGUCUCUGGACACGGAGGUGUUGAGCACCACAGAAACAGCGCUGGCCAUGAACAGGUACAUCGGCUCGGCCCUGCUGCCUCUGCUGACCCGCUGCGCCGCUCUGUUCAGCAGCACGGAGCACUACGCUCAGCUGAUCGACUCCACACUGCAGACCAUCUACCGGCUGUCCAAAGGACGCUCGCUCACCAAAGCCCAGAGGGACUCCAUCGAGGAGUGUCUGCUGGCUAUCUGCAAGUACCUGCGUCCCUCCAUGAUGCAGCAGCUGCUCAGACGGCUGGUGUUUGAUGUUCCCAUGCUCACUGAAUACUGCCAGAUACCUCUCCGGCUCCUGACCAACCACUACGAGCAGAACUGGAAGUACUACUGCCUGCCUUCUGGGAUGCUCAACUGUGGCAUUUCCUCUGAGGAGGAGCUCCUUCUAACCAAGAAACUCUUCUGGGGAAUCUUGGACUCCCUUUCUCAGAAGAAAUAUGAUGCUGACCUUUUCAAAAUGGCCACGUCAUGCCUGUGUGCCAUUGCUGGAGCCCUGCCUCCGGACUUUGUGGAUGCUAGUGUCGGAGCAACACUGGAGAAACAGGCUCCAGUGGAUGCAAAGGGCAACUUUGAUCCCAAACCCAUCAACACUGCCAAUAUUUCCCUUCCUGAAAAACUUGAGUACAUUGCCAACAAAUAUGCAGAGCAUUCCCAUGACAAAUGGUCCUCAGACAAGGUGUCAGCAGGCUGGAAACACGGAGACGGCCUGGAUGACCAGGCUAAAACUCAUCCACUGCUGAAGCCUUACAAAGCGUUGAGUGAGAAGGAGAGAGAAACGUACCGCUGGCCAGUGAAGGAGUCUCUGAAGAGCAUGCUGGCUAUGGGCUGGAACAUUGAGCGGUCCAAGGAAGGAGACUCCAUGAUCCAACAACGAGAGAGUGAAAAACGAAAGACCCCUGAGAACGAUGGAUUCACUCCUGCUCCAAUGGAUUUGAACAAUGUCACUUUGUCCAGAGAGCUACAGGGCAUGGUGGAGGUGGUUGCAGAAAACUACCACAACAUCUGGGCCAAGAAGAAGAAAUCUGAACUCGUUAGCAAAGGAGGAGGGAGCCACCCCCUGCUGGUUCCCUAUGACACCCUGACGGCUAAGGAGAAGUACAGAGACAGAGAGAAGGCCCAGGAUCUCUUCAAGUUCCUGCAGAUCAGCGGCUAUGCCAUCAUAAGAGAUCAGAAGGACAUGGGUCAGGACUCAUCAUCCAUGGAGAAGCGUUUUGCAUUCAAGUUCCUCAAAAGGGUGCUGAAGUACGUCGACUCUGCCCAGGAGUUCAUCGCUCAUCUGGAGGCUAUGGCCACCAGUGGGAAGACGGACAAAUCGCCUCAUGACCAGGAAAUCAAGUUCUUUGCCAAGGUGUUGCUUCCUCUGAUAGAUCAAACUUUCAAGAACCACUGUCUCUACUUCCUGUCCACGCCCAGCAAGAACCUGAGCAGCUGCGGCUGUGCCUCCAACAAAGAGAAGGAGAUGCUCACCAGCCUGUUCUGUAAGCUGGCACUUCUUGUCAGACACAGGAUUUCUCUCUUUGGAAGUGACUCUGCAAUGAUGGUGAGCUGUCUGCACAUCCUCUCCCACACACUCGACACCAGAACGGUGAUGAAGUCCGGGUCAGAGUUGGUCAAAGCCAGCUUCAAGACUUUCUUUGAGAACGCGGCGGAGGACCUGGAGAAACUGCUGGAGAUGCUGAAACUGGGGAAGUUCAUGCAGUCCCGAGCUCAGCUGAAGAGCGUCACGCAGAGCAUCAACUACGUGACUGUGGCGCUGCUGCCCAUCCUCACUGCCCUGUUCGAGCACAUCACCACAUACGAGUUCGGAGUGGAUCUGCUCUUGAAUGAUGUACAGCUGUCCUGUUACCGGAUCUUGGCCUGUUUCUACUGUCUGGGCACCGGAAAGAAUGUCUUUGUGGAGAAGCAUCUUCCUGCGCUGGGGGAGAGUCUGGCGACACUGGUGGCCGCCAUGCCUGUGGCAUUCCUGGAGCCUCAACUCAACGCUCACAACCCGAUGUCCGUCUUCAACACCAAGACUCCCCGAGAGAGAGCGAUCCUGAGUAUGCCGGACACGGUGGUGGAGAUUUGUCCUGAUUUGCCUCGCCUUGAAGGACUGCUGAAGGACGUCAGCGACGUCUCAGAGUCCGGUGCUCGCUACUCCGACAUGCCACAGGUCAUUGAGGUGGUCCUUCCCAUGCUGUGUAACUAUCUGUCCUACUGGUGGGAGAAGGGUCCGGAGAACUCUCCUCCAGAUACCCAGUGCUGCACCAUGGUGACCUCUGAACACCUGAGCAUCAUCCUGGCAAACAUCCUCAAGAUCCUCAACAACAACCUGGGCAUCGAUGACGCCCCCUGGAUGAAGAGGAUUGCAGUCUACUCUCAGCCAAUCAUCUGCAAGGCGGGAGCAGAUCUGCUGAGAACCCACUUCCUGCCCACCUUGGAGAAAUUGAAGAACAAGACGGUGAAGGUUGUGGGUGAAGAGGAGGCGCUGAAGGCCGACAGUAAAGCUGACACCCAGGAGGCCGAGCUGAUCAUCCUGGAUGAGUUCGCCUUGCUCUGCAGAGACCUCUACGCCUUCUACCCCAUGCUCAUCCGCUAUGUGGACAACAACAGGUCCAGGUGGCUGAAGGAGCCGGAUGCAGACUCCACUGAGCUCUUUAGGAUGGUGGCUGAGAUUUUCAUCCUCUGGUGCAAGUCCCAUAACUUCAAACGGGAGGAGCAAAACUUUGUGGUUCAGAAUGAGAUCAACAAUCUGGGCUUCCUGACUGGAGAGGGCAAGGCGAAGAUGUCUAAGUCAGGUGGCGACCAGGAGAGGAAACACAAGCGGCGUCGCGGCGAGUAUUACUCCAUCCAGACCUCGCUGAUCGUCGCAGCCCUGAAGAAGCUGCUGCCCAUCGGCCUCAACAUGUGCACCCCCGGAGACCAGGAGCUCAUCUCCCUCGCCAAGAUCCGCUACAGUCUGAAAGACACAGAUGAUGAGGUGAAGGAACACUUGCGCCUGAAUUUCCAUCUCCAGGACAAGUCUGAGGACCCGGCGGUCCAGUGGCAGAUGAACCUGUACAAAGACGUGGUGGUGAAGAGCGAGGAGCCCGCUAACUUAGAACACACAGUGGACCGAGUGCAGAGCAUCUCAGCUGCUGUCUUCCACCUGGAGCAGGUGGAGCAGCCUCUGAGGAAUAAGAAGUUGGUGUGGCAUAAGCUGCUGUCUAAACAGCGUAAGCGUGCUGUGGUGGCUUGUUUCCGGAUGGCUCCUCUCUAUAAUCUACCAAGGCAUCGCGCUAUCAACUUCUUCAUCCCGGCCUAUCAGAGACUUUGGAUAGAGGCAGAGGAGUACUCCUUUGAGGAGAAGCUAGUUCAGGAUCUGGCAGUAAGUACUGGGCUCGCCUUGCCCUUGCCCCACGUGCCCUGCGUUGGCACCCCUCUGCCAGUCCUGUCUGCCGAAUGCUUCUUUAGCUCCGCGCCCGUCGAGCCUUGGGAGCGUGCCCGGGUGGGGACCUCGCCCAAAGCACCCAGGGGCGGCCCCCGCUCUAGGCGCGCAAAAGCAUCCAAACUGAGAUCCGUCAGGGGUCAGAGGCUGCAUGACCAACUCAGGAGACACAGGGCCAGCUCCGGCGCUCACAGCUGUAGAAAAGCAGGCUUUGCCUUUCUGACCGCAGCGAAAACCCCGAUGAAAAUUGUGGAAGAGGAGGAAGAGGAGGUGGCUGAGGUCCAACCAGACCCUCUCCACCAACUCAUUCUCCACUUCAGCCACAACGCUCUGACAGAGAGAAGUCACUUGGAAGAAGACCCUUUGUAUAUAGCGUAUGCAGACAUGAUGGCGAAGAGCUGUGCAGAGGAUGAUGAAGAGGAAGAAGAGGAAGGAAAAGAAAAGACGUUUGAGGAAAAAGAGAUGGAGAAGCAGAAGAUCCUGUAUCAGCAAAUGAGGCUGCACGCCCGCGGGGCCGCAGAGAUGGUGCUGCAGAUGAUCAGCGCCAGUAAAGGUCGUCUGGGCCCCAUGGUGACCUGCACCCUCAAACUGGGGAUCUCCAUCCUGAAUGGUGGCAAUGUGCAAGUGCAGCAGAAAAUGCUUGAUUACCUGAAAGAGAAAAGAGAUGCAGGCUUUUUCAAGAGUCUCUCAGGACUGAUGCAGUCUUGCAGUGUCUUGGAUUUGAAUGCAUUUGAGAGGCAGAACAAAGCAGAAGGACUUGGCAUGGUGACAGAAGAAGGUUCAAGUUCCAAAGUGCUACAAAAUGAUGAGUUUACUAAAGAUCUGUUCCGGUUUUUGCAACUUCUUUGUGAGGGCCACAACGGAGAUUUCCAGAAUUUCCUGAGAACACAAACUGGAAACACGACCACAGUCAACAUCAUCAUCAGCACUGUUGACUAUCUGCUCCGUCUUCAGGAAUCGAUCAGUGACUUCUACUGGUACUACUCUGGCAAAGAUGUCAUGGAUGAGACUGGAAGACUGAACUUCUCCAAAGCUUUAUCUGUUGCCAAACAGAUAUUCAACUCCCUGACAGAGUACAUUCAGGGCCCGUGUAUUGGGAACCAGCAGAGUUUAGCUCACAGCAGACUGUGGGACGCAGUGGUGGGCUUCUUGCAUGUUUUUGCCAACAUGCAAAUGAAGCUUUCUCAGGACGCCAGUCAGAUUGAGCUGUUGAAGGAGCUGAUGGAUUUACAGAAGGACAUGGUGGUCAUGUUGCUGUCUCUGCUAGAGGGUAACGUGGUGAAUGGAACGAUUGGAAAGCAGAUGGUGGACACCCUGGUGGAGUCUUCCAGCAACGUGGAGAUGAUCCUCAAGUUCUUCGACAUGUUCCUCAAACUGAAGGACCUGACGUCCUCUGACACCUUCAAAGAGAACGACCCCGAGUUUAAGGGCAUCAUUUCAAAGAAGGAGUUCCAGAAGUCCAUGGAGUCCCAGAUGCAGUACAGCCAGUGGGAGAUUGAGUUCCUGCUCUCGUGCGCAGAGGCCGACGAGAAUGACAUGUUCAACUACAUUGACUUUGUGGAGCGCUUCCAUGAACCCGCCAAAGACAUCGGCUUCAACGUGGCGGUGCUGCUGACCAACCUCGAACACAUGCCGCACGACUCCAGACUCACCACCUUCUUGGACCUGGCGGAGAGCGUGCUCAGCUACUUCGAGCCUUAUCUGGGUCGCAUUGAAAUCAUGGGCAGCGCGAAGAGGAUCGAGAGGGUUUACUUUGAGAUCAGCGAGUCGAGCCGCGAGCAGUGGGAGAAGCCACAGGUCAAAGAGUCCAAGCGCCAGUUCAUCUUCGACGUGGUCAACGAGGGCACGGAGAGCGAGAAGAUGGAGAUGUUUGUCAAUUUCUGUGAGGACACCAUCUUUGAGAUGCAGCUGGCCUCGCAGAUCUCCGAGCCGGAUGUGGUGGAACAACCUGAGGGGGACGAGGACGACGAUGCACACAGCAUUCUGGACGAGCUGGGUGGGGAGGAAGAGGGCGCCCUGGAGUCUGCCUCGGCCUUCACCACCGCAUGCCGCUCGAUCAAGAAGAAGAUCUCGAAUGCACGCCAAACAUUAUCCAUUAAAAACCUCUCCAAGCAGUUCAAGAAAAUCAAGAAGCUGAGCAUCAAGGAGAUCAUCACCGGCUUCUUCUCCUUCUUCUGGAUGCUCUUCACCGGCUUCUUCAAGGGAAUCUACGGACUCAUCUUCGGAUUCUUCCACGUCAUCUGGUCCUCCAUGUUUGGCGGUGGCCUGGUCGAGGGCGCUAAGAACAUAAAGGUGACGGACAUCCUCGGGAACAUGCCCGACCCAACCCAGUUCGGUAUACAUGGAGAUGCGAUGGAAGGAGAGAAAGUGGAUGCCAUAGAGUCGUCGGGAGGCUUAGAGACGGCCAGGGCGCCUGCAGGAGACACAACAGAGGUCGACACCAUGCUGGAGAUGCUGUCCAAUCCCAAGAAGGAAGGGGGGAAACAUGUGGAGCCGGGCUUGGGGGAUGUCUCUGAGCUGAGUGCAGAGAUCUCCACCUCUGAACACAAGAAGAAAGCUGCAGCCAAGCCUGUCGAAGCCCCCGAGAACGAACCAGAGAAAGCAGACUCAGAGAACCAGGAGAAGGAGGACAAGCCAAAGAAGGAGGAGGAGGAGGUGAAGGAGCCGGUGGCGGAGGAGAAGCCCAAAGCCAAAGCCAGUCCGCCCAAGGACGCGUCUCCGUCCUUCAUGCUGAGCAUCUUCGCUGUGCUGGACGUCUUCCUGACCAAGAUGCUGAAUUAUCUGGCUCGGAACUUCUACAACCUGCGUUUCCUGGCUCUGUUUGUGUGUUUCGCCAUCAACUUCAUUCUGCUCUUCUACAAGGUCACCGGUGAAGCUGAAGGUGAAGAAAUAGAUGAGGAGAAAACCUGGGACGGCGAUGAAGAUAAUGAUGAUGAGAACACAUUCUUCGACAUGGAUGAGUUUGUCCUGCAGGAGAGCACCGGCUACAUGUUACCAACGCUGCGCUUCCUCGCCGUCUUCCACACCGUCAUCUCUCUCGUCUGCCUCUUCGGGUACUACAUCCUCAAGGUUCCUCUGGUGGUGUUCAAGAGGGAAAAGGAGAUUGCGAGGAAGCUGGAAUUCGACGGUCUCUACAUCACCGAACAGCCGUCUGACGAAGACAUUAAGGGCCAGUGGGAUCGACUCGUCAUCAACACCCCGUCUUUCCCGAGCAACUACUGGGACAAGUUCAUCAAGCGCAAGGUGAUCAACAAAUACGGAGACAUGUACGGCGCUGAACGCAUCGCUGAGCUGUUAGGCCUGGAUAAGAGCGCUCUGGACUUUGACCCCACCAUUGAGACUGUGGAGAAGGAAGCCUCCCUACUCUCCUGGCUGAGCUCCAUUGAUACAAAGUACCACAUCUGGAAGAUGGGAGUGGUUCUGACUGACAACUACUUCCUGUAUCUGAUCUGGUACUCCAUCAUGUCCAUUUUCGGACACUUCAACAACUUCUUCUUCGCCGCCCAUCUUCUGGACAUCGCCAUGGGCUUCAAGACCCUCCGCACCAUCCUGUCUUCUGUCACUCACAACGGCAAGCAGCUUGUGCUGACUGUGGGUCUGCUGGCCGUGGUCGUCUAUCUCUACACCGUGGUGGCCUUCAACUUCUUCAGGAAGUUCUACAACGGGGGGGACGAGGACGAGCCCGACAUGAAGUGUGACGAUAUGAUGACGUGCUACUUGUUCCACAUGUACGUGGGUGUGAGAGCCGGAGGGGGUAUCGGAGACGAGCUGGAGGACCCAGCUGGAGACCCGUACGAGCUGUACCGCAUCCUGUUCGACAUCACCUUCUUCUUCUUCGUCAUCGUCAUCCUGCUCGCCAUCAUUCAGGGUUUGAUCAUUGAUGCAUUUGGUGAGCUGAGAGACCAGCAGGAGCAGGUGAAGGAGGACAUGGAGACCAAAUGCUUCAUCUGUGGCAUCGGGAACGAUUACUUUGACCGGACGCCUCACGGGUUCGAGACCCACACCUUACAAGAACACAACCUAGCUAACUACCUGUUCUUCCUGAUGUACCUGAUCAACAAGGAUGAGACUGAACACACGGGUCAGGAGUCCUAUGUGUGGAAGAUGUACCAGGAGAGAUGCUGGGACUUCUUCCCCACCGGAGACUGCUUCCGGAAGCAAUACGAGGACCAGUUGGGUUAGAGCGGGACAGCCUCGCGGCCCCUCAAACCCGCCUCUCUACUUUCCUUCGAUCUGAAAGAGACACUGAGCUUGACUUCCCCGUUACCAGAGCCUGAACACACGCUGGACUUUCUCUGCUGCCAUGGUGUUGAGAAAAUAAUAAUCAUUCAUUUUGAAUUCAGAUUCAGAAAAGAUCAUGUCAGGAAAACGAUUUUAAGACGUGCGACUGACGAUUGGACAUUUCGGGUUUGUGCAUCCUCUUCCUCGUUACCGAAACGUCACUUUGCCACGACGCCUCUUUUAUGCAAAUUAUUUUGAUUCACAUUGCCUUUUUCUUGCUUAACCCCAACCUCUUGCACAAUUUGUUGUGUGUAGACAUUUGAUACAUGCGAAGGGUUACAGCAUGACUACUGAAUGUUUGAAUAUGCACAAUCUGUAGAUUAACGCCAGGAUGUUUGUGUCACUUAUUACCAAACCUGCUGAAUGGAUGUGUGCUGCUGGUGAUGAUCCUGCUAACAUCGAACCUGAGUGAGACCUGAUCUGCCUUUUAAAAUCUGUCAGACGAAACGCUACAGAAGAUGGUUCUUCCAGGACCAGAGACGUCUCACUUAAGAUGUUUUAUCAAGUGCCGACGUGCCUUAAGAGAAACUAUGCAAAAAAACAUUUAUCAUUUCUGUCCCUCCUGACACAAGCAGUGCUUUAGCUAUGGAUUAGGAUUAGCUCAAGCUAGUUUUGUGGCUUUUAAACGAUUAACUCAUAAGAGAAAACAUCUGUUGUAUGAAGUUUAGAUGAUCCUUGUGUAAAUGUUGCUUGGUUUGGUUUUAUUUCUAAGUUGUGGUGUCCUGCCCGCCAGUAGAAGAGCCCAAAAAGAGCAAAAGGAAAAAAACGAAUCUUGGUUUAAGUAUUUAUUGAAGACGAAACAGUUCAAAUGCUAUCGUGAUUUUUAUGUAUGUAGUAGCUUUGGUAAUCUGCAUUUCUUUUGAAGAGGGGGAGGAAAUGAAUAAAGAAGUUGACGCAAUAAA